AUGUACCCGGUCUACGAGCGAGAGAAGCAGCAAGAUCACUCGAGCCGGAAGCAGCAAGAUCACUCGAGCCGGAAGCAGCAUUCUGAGAACAUUCUUCCGUAG